AUGUUUGUGAACGCGCUAUGUGGUGCCUAUACAAUUCUCGCCACAUUCUCGGUCUACGUGCUAUAUCGCGGCAUCGCACAGCGAUCCUCUCAAAUUCUCCUCUCAGUCGUCUUUGCGCUCUUCAUCUCUACUGCAAUAUUCUGGACGUCAACGGUCUACUCUGUCAUGAAUCUCUUCGGUCAGCCCAUGGUCGGCGCGGACCCAUCUUUCGCGUAUACGCUCGCGAAGUGUGCUCCAACAGCCUCGCUACUCGUUAAUACGGUACUCAGCGACGGCAUUGUCUGGUGGCGUGCCUGGGUAAUCUCUGGAGGCAACCGCCUGCUCAGCUUCGCCGCCGCCGCAUGUCUAGUGGCAACAUGCGGGCAUCACGCGUGUACGUGGGUAGGGCCGGACGGCUUGCCAGGCGAGGGAGAGUUCUUCACCGGCGACCCGUACGGGCUAGCCGCCGCCACGCUUUCCGUGCUGGCAAACAUUAUUGCGACCGCUGUGAUCGGGCUGACAGCGUGGCGACAUCGGCAGCUCAUCAAGGCACAUCUUCAGUGCCAGCGUGGACGUACGUUGGUCGGAGAAGUCCUGCUCCUACUCGUCGAAUCCUCCGUGUUGUACUGUCUGUUGUGGAUGUUGGUUUUUGUGGGACAAGUCGCCUCGGUCGCCAAGCGCGGUUCCCUCACAAUCGAGUACAGCUACGACAACGUUGAUCAUCUCGUUCGCAUCGACAACGCCUAUGCUGUGUGGUUCAGAUACGUCUUGCAAGGGAUCAUACCCUUGAUUGGAAUAUAUCCGACGAUGGUCAUCCUUCUCGUGGCGCUAAAGAAGUCCCGAUUCGAGUCCCACUUCUCCAGUCCGGAACUUGUGCCCCCCACGCUGCCGGUUGUCUUCGCACCUUUCAGCCCCGCCACAAGUGCCAUGGGCGAAUUGUCUGUUGAUAUCAUUAACCACCCAGGCCAAGUCCAUGUACGACAUCAAAACGACGUCCUCUCCAGCGACCUACAGUGUCGCUCCGGCGACUCGAUCGUAUACAUAACGCAUUCGGUGGUUUACGGGAGCCCGGAUAAAGCGCCAAGCGCGACGCCUCGAGCCUCUCUCCACCUGCUCCGACCGGAGGACGAGGAGUCGACCGGGCAUUGA